AUGCAGAGGAGCUACCUACCGUUUGGUAGGAUCGUGUCUCUCAAAGAUGAUAUCGUCAAGUACAAACCUGAUUUCAAAGGCUUCUCCGUGACUGACACCACAAAGUUUGCACAGGACUACUUAGAUAAUAAACUCAAGCCGUAUCUGCUUUCCCAAAAAUUGCCGAAAGAUUGGGACCAAGGCAGCGUUAAAGUUGUGGUUGCGGAAAAUUUCAAGAAGGUCGUCAAGGAUCCAAAGAAAAAUGUGCUUAUAAUGUUCUACGCGCCAUGGUGUCAGCAUUGCAAACAGUUAGAGCCGAUAUGGGUCGAGCUGGCCGAACACGCAAAGCAUUUCGACUCAGACCUGGUGGUGGCAAAGAUGGACGCUACAGUAAACGAGUUGGAAGACUUGAAAAUCACGCAGUUUCCGACUAUCAAAUUCUUUCCGAAAGAUUCCGGAGAAGUCGUCGAUUAUUCUGGUGAGCGAACGUUGGAAGCGCUGAAGAAGUUCAUAGAAAGUGGCGGUAAACAAGAAACCGAAAAGAAGGACUCCGUAAGUCUCCAUUACGUAAAUCGUGUAGGGUGAAC